AUGAUUGUCGCAAAUGUUGUGUUUGUAGCAAAUAAUGUGAUUGUUGCAAAUGUCGUGAAUUAUGUGAUUGUCGCAAAUGUUGUGAAUGAUGUAAUUUUCGCAAAUGUUGUGGAGGAUGUGAUUGUCGCAAAUGUUGUGUUUGUAGCAAAUAAUGUGAUUGUUGCAAAUGUCGUGAAUGAUGCGAUUGUCGCAAAUGUCGUGAAUGAUGUGAUUUUCGCAAAUGUUGUGAAGGAUGUGAUUGUCGCAAAUGUUGUAAAUGAUGUGAUUGUCGCAAAUGUCGUGAAUGAUGUGAUUAUCGCAAAUGUCGGGAAUGAUGUGAUUGUCGCAAAUGUCGUAAAUGAUGUGAUUGUCGCAAAUGUCGUGAAUGAUGUGAUUGUCGCAAAUGUCGGGAAUGAUGUGAUUGUCGCAAAUGUCGGGAAUGAUGUGAUUGUCGCAAAUGUUGUGAAGGAUGUGAUUGUCGCAAAUGUCGGGAAUGAUGUGAUUGUCGCAAAUGUCGUGGAUGAUAUGAUUGUCGCAAAUGUCGUGUUUGUAGCAAAUAAUGUGAUUGUUGCAAAUGUCGUGAAUGAUGUGAUUGUCGCAAAUGUUGUGAAUGAUGUGAUUUUCGCAAAUGUUGUGGAGGAUGUGAUUGUCGCAAAUGUUGUGUUUGUAGCAAAUAAUGUGAUUGUAGCAAAUUUCGUGAAUGAUGCGAUUGUCGCAAAUGUCGUGAAUGAUGUGAUUUUCGCAAAGGUUGUGAAUGAUGUGAUUGUCGCAAAUGUUGUGAAGGAUGUGAUUGUCGCAAAUGUCGUGAAUAAUGUGAUUGUUGCAAAUGUCGUGUAUUAUGUGAUUGUCGCAAAUGUCGUGAAUGAUGUGAUUGUCGCAAAUGUCGUGAUUGAUGUGAUUGUUGCAAAUGUCGUGAAUGAUGUGAUUGUCGCAAAUGUCGUGAAUGAUGUGAUUGUCGCAAAUGUCGUGAAUGAUGUGAUUUUCGCAAAUGUUGUGAAGGAUGUGAUUGUCGCAAAAGUUGUGUUUGUAGCAAAUAAUGUGAUUGUCGCAAAUAUCGUGAAUGAUGUGAUUGUCGCAAAUGUCUUGAAUGAUGUGAUUGUCGCAAAUGAUGUGAAUAUUGUGAUUGUCGCAAAUGUCGUGAAUGAUGUGAUUGUCGGAAAUGUCUUGAAUGAUGUGAUUGGCGCAAAUGUUGUGAGUGUAGCAAAUGUUGUGUUUGUUGUGAUUGUCGCAAAUGUCGAGAAUGAUGUGAUUGGCGCAAAUGUUGUGAGUGUAGCAAAUUGUCGUGAAUGUUUUGGUUGUCGUAAAUGUUGUGUUUGUAGCAAAGGUUGUGCUUCUCGAGAAUUGUCACAAAUGUUGUGA